GCGGAGCGGGCCCCGGCGGGGGGUGGGCCGGGCGCUGUAGCCCCCGCGGGGCAGCCCCGUCCCGCCGGCGGGGCCGAAGAUGCGGCGGUACCUGCCGGUGGCCCGGCAGCACUUCUUGGCGGCGUUGGCCGGCACCAGCGUGGUGGUGAAGGCGCUGAGCGCCGCCGUCGUGCUGCUCUACCUGGUCUCCUUCGGCCUGGACACGGCCUACGGCCUGGGCGUGACCCCCGGCUACCUCCUGCCCCCCAACUUCUGGGUCUGGACGCUGCUGACGCAGGGGCUGGUGGAGGAGCGGGCCUGGGGGCUGGUGGCCAGCCUGGCCACGCUGGGGGCGGCCGGCCGGCUGCUGGAGCCCCUCUGGGGAGCCCUGGAGCUCCUCGUCUUCUUCGCGGUGGUGAACGUCUCGGUGGGGCUCCUGGGGGCCCUGGCCUACUUCCUCACCUACGUGGCCACUUUCCACCUCGCCUACCUGUUUGCUGUCCGCAUCCACGGCGGGCUGGGCUUCCUCGGCGGAGUCCUGGUGGCCCUCAAGCAGACGAUGGGGGACAGCACCGUCCUGAAGGUGCCCCAGGUCAGAAUGAAGGCUGUCCCCAUGCUCCUGCUCCUGCUUCUGGCUUUGCUGCGGCUCGCCGCGCUCGUCGAGAGCAAUGUACUGGCCUCGUACGGCUUCGGGCUCCUCUCCAGCUGGGUUUAUCUCCGGUUCUACCAGCGGCACAGUAGAGGCCGCGGAGACAUGUCUGACCACUUCGCCUUCGCCACUUUCUUCCCUGAGAUCCUGCAGCCCGUAGUGGGUCUGGUGGCCAACCUGGUGCACAGCGUCCUGGUGAAGGUGAAGGUUUGCCGCAAGACAGUCAAACGCUACGACGUAGGCGCCCCCUCCUCCAUCACCAUCAGCCUGCCGGGGACCGACCCCCAGGACGCCGAGAGGAGAAGGCAGCUGGCCCUGAAGGCCCUGAACGAGCGGCUGAAGCGUGUGGAGGACCAGUCGGCCUGGCCCAGCAUGGAGGAUGAGGAGGAGGAGGCGGGAGCAAAGGCUGACAGCCCGCUGCUGCCCGAUGCCGGUGCGGGGGGGCCGGGGGCCGGCCAGGAGUCCAGCCUCAUCACCUUCCAGGAUGCCCCGUCCCAGCAGUGACCGCCCCCCUUCCCGUCCCGCCUCCGUCGGAGAGCUGCUGACCCCGCCGUGUCCUGGGACGCUCGGGACUCCUCCCACGGCAGAAGCAGGGGGCGGGAUAACUCAUUCCAACGCUUCGUUGCCGCUCGUGGCCAGCACCGGGUUUCCAGGACAGUGACACUGCAGCAAGGACGGGGGUUCCUCCAGCUGCUCCCCCUGGUGCAGGUUGGGACGUGAACACCGGGUUUUCCCCCCUGGGAGGGGGACGUGGGGCUGAUCCUUGCCCCCCCAGGCUGCUGCACCGGCCCAGCCAGGAGCUUCCUCGCUUCUCCACGCCGGGGCCUGGGCCGGAGCACUCAAUGCUUAUUUCCUGUUCCAAAGGUAGCUCUGUCCCUAACUGAGGGAACGGGAGGGCCCGUGGGUUCCUUUUCCGAACCCCUUUCCCUUGUGGAGCCUCCCCUGCCCCAGCAGGAGCUCGCCCUGACUGGGGAGAGGUUUGCCAGGCAGGGGACAGGCUGCUGCUGGGCAGGAGGGGCUACCAAGUCCCGUUCGGUAGUGGUCCAGCACCAGAAGCCCUGGGCAGUGCUUGGGGGUGUCUCUCUUCUCCCAGCCAUGAGGAGCCAUUGCUCUUGGCAACUCCUGGCCAAUCCGUGUGUCAGAUUACACUAGUAGCUGGAAUUUAUUUUUAGGGUGGGGCUCUCAUUGCUCCCCCCCAGCAGCAGGUUUCCUUUUCUGCGGGUAGAAUCUGGGCUCCCCCUUCUCUUUUCCUCCGUGUUGAUGGGCUUUUUCUUUUUUUUUUUUUAAUUUUGUUUGUGGAUGGAGAGGAUGCUUCCUGUGACAGCCUCCUCACAGUUCCUGACACCCCCCCCGCCCCCCAGGCUGUAGGCCAAUGGUGUCACAAUUAUUUUUUUAAAGGACCACAUGAGAAGGUUUUGUCAGCUGGG